AUGGACCCAACCAAGAUGAACAGCCUUGGGCCUCGGCAUGAUCCAUCAGCUCGUGUCCAGAAGCCAAAUGCUGGCCUUGACCGGCUGGCUGCUUUGAAAGCUCGAGUAGCAGCAGCUACAGGUGCUAGCAAGGCAAAAGGAGCUUUGAACCCUUUACCUGGAGAUCUAGGAUCGCGAGAAUCAUCUCUAAAAGCUGGAGACUCAUCACCCAAAGCCGCACAUAUUCGUACCGAGCAAGGCGGUCGAUCGUCCUCUUACCACGCCCUAGCAACUCAAAGUCGCACAUUCCGAAAACCGAUCACGCAGGACCAUGCGGGCGAUAAUCCAUAUUUUGACGAUACUCUCGCGCACCCAGGCUCUGGUGGCAGAGUACGAGAACCGAGACGCUUAGUAUUCAACCAGAAGGGAAAAUACAUUCAGCAAGCAAAUGCCCUUCGUCGGCAAGCUGCCCUAGAGGCAAUGAAAAAAAGAAUAGCAGAACAGACGAGAAAAGCCGGCAUCAACGAAGAUCUAGACGUGGAAAAGAAGUUCGUUGUAGGAGAGCCGCCAGAUAUCGAAUGGUGGGACGAAGGGCUCGUCGAUGGCAAAAGCUACGAGAAGAUUGCAAAUCCUGCAGUACUGAAGAUUAGGAGCCCUGAUAGUAUUGUGACGGAAUAUGUUCAACAUCCUGUCGCACUCGAACCACCCCAAGAUCGCCAUGUUCCAGAAGCAAAAGCGAUGUUUCUGACAACCAAGGAGCAAGCCAAAAUCAGGCGUCAACGUAGGAUGGCAGAGUUGAAGGAAAUGCAAGCCAAGAUUCGCCUUGGAUUGGUUCCGGCACCACCGCCGAAGGUCAAGAAGGGGAAUCUAAUGCGUGUUUUGGGUGACGGCAAGUAUUUCCAUUUUCAAGCUAUUCUGUGCUAUCCUAACUCUGUUUUAUUAGUUGCCGUGAAGGACCCCACAGCUGUCGAGGCAAGAGUCAACCGCGAAAUCGCAGAACGGCACCAGAAACAUGUGGAUGCCAACGACGAUCGGAAGUUAUCCAAAGAACAGAAGAAGGAAAAGUUGUCCAAGAACCAGCAAAGAGAUGCCGAUAAAGGCAUCUAUAUUCUGGUCUUUAAGAUCUCGAGCUUGGCAAACGGGCAACACCGUUACAAAAUUGGAAUGAAUGCCAAUCAACUUGCCCUUUCGGGAACUUGCAUUAUGCACCCGAAAUUUAACUUGGUUGUUGUCGAAGGCGGUGCUUGGAGUAUCAACAAAUACAAGAAGUUGAUGCUCAACCGCAUUGACUGGACAGAAAAUUCUCCCUCGAGGAGCCGGGAUGAUAAACACAGUCCAGAAAAGGACUGGCUUCAGGCGGAGAAUCAAGACGGAGCGCUCAAGGAUAUGUCGUUAAACGAGUGCAAAUUGGUAUUUGAAGGAGAACAAAAGGCAAGGGGAUUUAAGAAGUGGAUCAGUAGUGAUCACCUAUCACGACGAGCGUACGCCCUAAAUGGUAUUCCCGCGUUCUCAUUUUCAAUCGACGAUGGCAAGAUACGAAGUUUGAACGAUGCCAACCCCAAUCACCUGGCUUACUUCGACACCGCAACCGACGCGCUGCCCAACAUGACAUCAGCCUCACAUACGUAUGGCUCUAACUGCCGCCUGACACCGAUAUCACGAAUUUCGGGUGACAAUGGGAUGCCAGCAAUUGUCUCCCAGUUCUUCUACUCCUCACUUACACCGAUCGAGGGACUAUCAUCAGCCCAAUAUCAUGGGGCAAGCCCGGACCACAAGUCUCUGAAGCGUCAGCUUCGGCCGUUUUCUUGUGGUGAUAACAAUGCCUUGGAGAGAGCCUGGAUAAGCCUAGCGUCUGAUGACUGUCGUGAUGAACAUUGCGCAGUAAGAUCAGGUCAAAAGGAAGUCGUUGAACUGCGCGCGGAUUUCACGAAAAGGCUGCAGAGCCACGUGGAGAAGCUGGCUUUGAGGCAUCUGGAAUUGCACCCCGGCCUCAGUAAAGUCUCGGAAACGAAUAUAGAAGCGGAAGAUCUGUCGGACUGCUGCCAGGCAUUACGUGCAGAUAUCUCUGACAUGCUUCAGCAUAAUUUCUGUGCUCUGCACAGGAGAAUUCACCCCGGACUCGCCGUUGAUGCGGUGAAGAGAGCUGUUAUUGUUGCGACGAGCGCUUUGAGACGUGGAAUCAUUGACGCAGCUGAUUCAACGCCGAAUGCAACUCUUAAUGAUCUAUCGGCAAGGCAAAGAGAGGUCAUCCAACCGCCCAUAGCUGCAACGGGUGCAGGUACCAAUGGACCUACAGCGGAGGGGCAGUUUCGUCCUGCAUCUGCUGUUGCAACUUGCCCUAACCAAGACCAAGGGUCUCCAGACGGACUCGGACCUACUCGGCUGAAUGCAACAGCGAUUGUUGGAAUGCCGGGGAAUACCUUUAUUCGGGCAGAAAACAAGAGUGCUUCCGCAGCCCAUUACUCUCUAACCCCACACGGAGGGCAGAAAGUGAUUGAUAAACAUCAAGACAAUAGAUCAACCGGAUUACUUGACGCUACACAUCAUUCAAAGCCGGUGCAGUCUCAUGAACACCCCGGUAUUAGUUCGUCCGUCAUUGAUGUCGUUGUAGGCGUAUCCAGACUGCAUAAGGUAUCACUUCCCACACUUCUCAUGAAGCCCAUAUAUUGGUCACCCGUCAACGAUGUGGCCGUCAUAACGCGUGCAACUUGGUUUUACAGAGAUACAAUGAUGCCUGUUGCUCCGCCAGUUGCAAAUCAGUUAGAAGCUGGGUAUCAGGAGCUGCAGCCUUGGACGGAAACUUGGAGAGAUGAGUUGAGGUGCGCCGUCGAGGUAGGACCCUUAGGAGAGGAGAAGGUUUCCCACUGCCUUUGGCCCGAAGACUCCAAACAUUUCGAUGACGCAAGCCAAAGGCUGGAGCCAAAAAUAUCCGGGGAUCUGUUUUGCUCUGCACGCUGUUUCCGAGGGGAUGCUGCAGCACAAGGGACCAUUGACUUUGUAAUUGAAGGUCAAUCUUUAGGGAAAGAGAGGCUAAAUCGAGCAUUCGCCAAUUACCACGUCAUCUAUAAAGACGACAAGAUUGCCUUUCUGUUGAAACCUAGCCUUCGGCCAUCUGCCUAUUACGGAAGAAAACCAGCUUCGAAAAUCGCCAAAGGCUUUACUGUUGGGAUCCCCGUUGUACGAGGUUUCGAUGCGGCUACCUGGAAUCGAAUUCACAAAGCGCUAAAUAUUUCUCACAGCAGUCAAGGAGCACCGCGCCCGAUGAGUCAUCCUCCACAGGCGGAGGAGGCUGAGGAACCUCGAGUUUGUGAAGGUUGUCAUGCUGAAGAAACCAAUGGUCAAGUAACCGACCUAGUUCUUGUGGCUCAUGGAAUUGGUCAAAAGAUUGCAGAGAGAGUGGAGAGUUAUCACUUCACACACGCUAUAAAUGGCUUUCGACGUGCCGUUAACCAUGAGAUGUGCAAUCCCGUUAUCCAACACGUCUUGCGCCCGAGUCAGAAUGGUGUGAUGAUACUACCGCUAAAUUGGAGGAUGGGACUUUCAUUUGAAGACGGGAGCUCCGCUGACCAUGGAAAGAACGAAGAACAAGGGAACGAGUCAUUUGGCUUGAAGGAUAUUGAGCCCAACACGAUCCCUGCAAUUAGAAGCAUGAUAUCUGACGUGAUGUUUGACAUACCGUUUUACAUGUCGCAUCACAAAAGCAAGAUGAUAAAUGCUCUUGUGUUCGAAGCAAACAGAGUAUACCGCCUUUGGUGUCGAAAUAACCCCGGAUUUGCUGCCAUAGGAAGAGUUCAUCUUAUUGCACACUCUCUUGGAAGCGUUAUGGCGGUCGAUAUCCUUUCUCGACAGCCAACAGAAGCCCCGAGCGUGGAUCUACGGCGGACUGAGCCAGGAACCCAGUUCUUUGAAUUCGAUACGACCAACUUGUUUCUUGUUGGAAGCCCUGCUGGUUUCUUUUUACUCCUUGAGCACGGAGUAUUAACACCUAGGCGAGGUCGUCGAAAACCUGGAGCGGACCCAAGAGACGCAAACGACGGGCACAUUGUGAGUGAUGCCGGUCGAUUCGGUUGUCUGGCUGUGGAUAACAUCUACAACGUACUUGCCAAAGAAGAUCCGAUUGCGUAUUUGUUAAAUGGUGCCGUGGAUCCUGCAUAUGCCUCGUCUUUGAAGACGGCUUACGUUCCGGGUACGUCUGCCUCAAUUUUCAAGUCUAUGGGUGAUGCCAUGCGACAUGUUGUGCCCGGUUUAUCUCUGCCAGCUGAUCCAUUGUUGGCCAGCGCAGAGAGACCGUCAACGGUACGUCUUCCUUCUCAACUAGAAUUGGAAGUUCAUGAUUUCACUCGUGAAGAGGUUGCUGAAAAAAAGGCUUUCCUACUAAAUGAUAAUGGUCAAAUCGAUUGGUUUCUCAGAUCUGGAAGCGGUCCAUUGGAGAUCCAGUAUCUAAACAUGCUCAGUGCCCACACUAGUUACUGGAUCAACCAGGAUUUCAUCCGUAUGCUGUGCCUGGAGAUAGGCCGACAACCUGGACGGAAGCACACAAUCCCAGCCAUGAGAGCUGUUAAAGUGGCUAAACGCUUUGGACUAGAUAAGUAA